AUGGACUGGCAGGUGCUGACCAGGGAGCUGUCGCUCUACCUGGAGAGCCAGGUCCGCGUGGGGCUCUUCGGCUCCGGCGUGGGCUUGUCCUUGGUGCUGGGCUUCGGCGUCGCCUACGCCUGCUACUACCUCAGCAGCAUCGCCAAGAAACCCCAGCUGGUGGCCAGCAAUGACCGUUUCUGCCGCUUUCUCGAGGAACAUUGCCCUGUUGUGACAGAAACUUACUAUCCCACGAUUUGGUGCUGGGAAGGUCGGGUGCAGACACUCCUGCGUCCCUUUAUCACAUCCAGACCCCAAGUAGAGUACAGGAACGAGCUCAUUAAAACAGCAGAUGGAGGGCAGAUUUCAUUGGAUUGGUUUGAUAAUAAUGACAGCUUAUAUUAUCCGGAUGCCAGCACAAGACCCACUGUCCUGUUGUUGCCUGGUCUGACAGGGACGAGCAAAGAAUCCUACAUUCUUCAUAUGAUCCAUCAAAGUGAAACACUUGGAUACAGAUGCGUGGUUUUUAAUAAUCGGGGAAUUGCUGGGGAGGAACUUUUGACACCAAGGACUUACUGUGCUGCUAACACAGAGGAUUUAGAAGCAGUUAUUCAUCAUGUACACAACUUGCACCCCUCAGCUCCAUUUAUGGCAGCCGGUGUUUCUAUGGGAGGCAUGCUUCUUUUAAAUUACCUGGGCAGAACUGGCAGAGACACUCCUUUAAUGGCAGCUGCAAUUUUCUCUGCGGGUUGGAAUGUUUUUGAAUCUGUAGAAUCUCUGGAGAAGCCAUUAAACUGGCUUCUUUUCAAUUAUUACUUGACUACUUGUCUACAAUCUUCUAUUAGCAGGCAUCGACAAAUGUUGGAGAAAUUAUUUGACAUGGAUCUUGUGAUGAAGGCUAGAACUAUUAGAGAAUUUGAUAAGCAGUUCACUUCAGUCAUGUUUGGCUACCGCACAAUUGAUGAUUACUAUGAAGAUGCUAGUCCAUGCCUCAAGCUGAAAUCAGUAGGAAUUCCAGUGUUAUGUCUAAACUCUGUGGAUGAUGUUUUCUCACCUGGUCAUGCUAUACCAGUAGAAACUGCCAAACAAAAUGCAAAUGUCGCUUUGGUUCUGACUUCUUGCGGAGGCCAUAUUGGUUUUCUGGAAGGAAUAUGGCCAAGGAAGUGCACUUACAUGGACAGAGUCUUCAAGCAGUUUGUGCAAGCUAUGUUUGAGCAUGGAAACAAAAUCUUCAGCAUGUAGCUUUGGACCACUACUAUAGCUCAGUGGCACAUUCUGACAGUUCAGCUUAAUGCACAAAUAUUAACUACUGUAAGCCAGCAAAUGGAUGAAGUCCAUUACUAAAUGCAAAAAUAUUUUUUGCCUAAGAUUUUGUAGCAGGAAACUAAAUAUUAUGUUGUCACUUUUGUAUUUAUUUUUAAUAUGCCUUACUAAGAAUGACCUUAAAUGAAACAGCAUUCUGCAUACAUCAAAUUGCACUUAACCAAAACCAUCAAGUAAGCAGAUUAUAAUUCCUCAGGAUUUUAGUUUAAACCAGUACAUAUUUAGGAGACUUACUUUAGACGGCUUUUAAUAUUAGAAUGGCAACACACAAAUAAUGUUUAUUAUCCUGUCAUACACAGUACAAGUGGGCCCAUUCCUUAGGGCAUCAAUGGUGAAAAUGGUGAAUGGUGAAAAUCUUAAAAUAUGAAAACAAAAGAAGGAACACAAAGAAGCACUAGUUCUUCAAGUAAGUCUGAAUUUUAGCAUGUAAUUACAUAGCAUUAGACUGGUAUCUGCUUUUGCUGUUUUACCCUGAAAGAAUUCAAGAUUUAGGGCUAGUUUUUGUUUUUUUCAAUUAUGCCAAGGCCAUACUUGUCUUACAUGAUAACUUUUUAGACAGUUAGCUAAUCUAUAGUGUUUACAUAUAACCAAAAGAUUCUUUUAAAACAGUACUGUAAUAACGUAUGUAAUUAAAAGGCAUUUUGCAUUUCAAAGUUCAUGUAAAGCUACGUUUGUCAUGUAUAUAAUACAUUACUUCAUUUAACUGGUAAAUUCAGUGAUUAUACCUAUUAUGUUUAUAUUAUCCUGC